AAAAAAGGGGCGUGGCUCAGCUUCAGCUGUUCGUUCUGUCGGUGCCCUUGAUGAGGCGAAUCCACGUGUGAUAGUUGUUUUGUCGCAUCAAAAUGACUGUCAGCCUUCCAGAGCGGAUUCUGCAGCACCUGGAGGCCAAGGGCAAAGGAGACUCGCUGCAGCUGGCCGAGGAAUGGAAGGAGGACGUGCAGAAAAUCGUCGGCGCCAUCAAGAGCCUCGAGGCGCUCGGCAACGUGAUCUCGGUGGAGCAGUACACCAAGAAGCUGUGGGAGCUGACGUCCGAGGGAAAGGCCGUGGCUCAGAAUGGCAGCCACGAGGCUGUCGUCUUCAAUGCCGUCCCUGAGGACGGAAUUUCCCAACCAGAACUUAUGAAAGUGUCUCCGAACGCGAAGGUGGGCUUCAGCAAAGCCAUGUCGGCCGGUUGGCUGGUGCUGGACAAGUCGUCAGGGCAGCCGGUGGUGCGGCGGAAGGUCGCGAGCAUCGACGACGCCGUUCGGACGGACCUGUCGGCGCUGCUGCUCGAGGGGCGCGACCAGAUGAGCGAGGCGCAGAAAGUCGAGUACAAAAAGCGGAAGCUGCUGCAGGAGGUCGUGGUGAAGGGCUUCCACCUCGGAAAGGGACCUGAAUUCACGCUGUCCGUCAGCAAGCCCGAGACGGACCUGACGCCCGAGAUGAUCGCGCAGGGCACCUGGCGCAACAAGCAGUUCAAAGACUACAACCUUCAGGCCCUGGGCGCUCCCCCGCCCUGCGGACACCUGCACCCUUUGCUCAAGGUGCGUGCAGAGUUCAGGCAGAUCUUCCUGGAAAUGGGCUUCACCGAGAUGCCAACCAACAAUUACGUCGAGAGCUCGUUCUGGAACUUUGACGCCCUCUUCCAGCCGCAGCAGCACCCUGCCAGGGACGCCCACGACACCUUUUUCCUCUCAGACCCAAAAGAGUCUUCGAACUUCCCCAUGGAGUACUUGGAGAGGGUGAAGAAGGUGCACACGGAGGGUGGUUACGGCUCUCAGGGCUACGGUUACGACUGGAAGAUUGCGGAGGCGCAGAAGAACCUGCUCCGAACGCACAGCACGGCCGUGAGCGCUCGCAUGCUGCACCGGCUGGCCAAGGAGGGUUUCCAGCCCGUCAAGUACUUCAGCAUCGACAGGGUCUUCCGAAACGAGACCCUGGACGCGACCCACCUUGCAGAAUUCCACCAGGUCGAGGGCGUCAUUGCUGAUUACAAUCUCGGACUCGGCGGACUGAUCGGCGUUCUGUACGAGUUUUUCAAGAAGCUGGGCAUCGAAAAGCUGUACUUCAAGCCGGCCUACAAUCCCUACACCGAGCCGAGCAUGGAGAUCUUCAGCUACCACGAAGGACUGAAAAAGUGGAUCGAAAUUGGAAACUCGGGCAUGUUCCGGCCGGAAAUGCUGCUGCCCAUGGGCCUCCCUGAGAACGUCAACAUUUACGGAUGGGGACUCUCGCUCGAAAGGCCAACUAUGAUUAAAUACGGCAUCAACAACAUCCGCGACCUGGUGGGGCCCAAGGUCGACCUGCAGAUGGUCCACGACAGUCCGAUUUGUCGGCUCGACAAAGAGGACGAGCCCACGGAGACAUCAGCUCCUCCUUCCAGCGUUGAAGCCCUUCAGCAGGAGUGGGAGGUCAUCGAGGACAGACUGCGAAGGCUCGAAGCCAGAGUAAGCGACCUCCGAAGCCGUGUGGGCGUGGCGCCGCAGCCGAAAAUCGACCUGACGCUGUUCGCCGAUCCAGAAAAACCACCCCACUCUGUUCUAUCGCUGCUAAGCGCCCUGGGGGUCAAGGUAGACUUCCAUCGGCACUCGACCCUGCGGACCGUGCCCUCCGAGCAGCUAGAACAGGACCUGGCCGGCCGACCGGACGCGGAGGGCCGCUGCGUGAUCGUUUGGGCGCCGGUCGGCGCGGCCGUGGAACUGGUUUCCUCGCCCGUGUCCGCCGUCAGGGUGAAGGGCGAGGCCAACGUGCUGCGCCACCUGGGCAGGCUGCUCGAGGCCAGCAGCGCCGGCGUCUGCUGCUACGAGCGCCUUCCGGCCGAACUCGCCACCCAGGUCGACGCCUGGCUGGACAGGGACGCCGCUUCGCUGGUCAGGACGCUGGACGCGAGGCUGGCGAAGGAGCAGUUCCUUGUCGGAGGACGACUCACCCUGGCGGACAUUUUCGCCGUGUCUGUCCUCUCGAAUUCAAAAGUCAAACUGUCUGCUAAUGUCGAGCGGUGGUACCAGAAAUGCGUCAAACUCAGAUUGAGUGUCUUUAAAUGACAAUAAGAUCGAAAUAUAAUUUAUUUCUCCGCU